UUUUUUAUCAUUCAGAUUUUCCUUACGUUCGAUCGCGAUCGUUCGUCCCGCAUUGUUCCCAAUGAUCCAUCGGUCCGAGCGCUCGGGAUUCGCUGCUAGCGUCGAGAUCUCCAGUUGUUUGCGCAAUUAAAUCCGAUUUAUACAACGUUCAAACGCGACGAGAUCGAUCGAGCAUUAGUUUCCGAAACGAUGAGUGAACUGUUACGGUACACGCUGAAGGAGGUAGCGCAACGCGAUGGGAACGAUGGAUCAAGGACCUGGAUCGUGAUCCACGACAACGUCUACGAUGUCACCGAUUACAAAGCCAAGCAUCCUGGUGGUCCAGAAUUGAUCGACGAAUACGCAGGACAAGAUGCAACAGCUGGAUUCGACGAUUUUGGCCACUCCUCGGACGCCAAACGCACGUUGAAGGACUUCCUCAUCGGCCAGCUAGUGGACGAAGACAAAACGGUGAACAGAAAAAAGAAAGGCUCCAGCAACGCUCAAACGAGGAUGGCAAAAGUGGGAAAGAGAAGGACGUUUAGGUCAGUAUUGUGCGGAGGCUGCGCGUAACGAAGCAUGUACCAGCCGCGGAUCGAGUCGUAUUAAUUUAUUUAUUUUUAUUUCCAUUUUCUUUAUUUACCACUAAUAUACAUGUUGAGCUAGUUGUAAACAUCCUAUGUAGAAUAAGAAUUUAUGUAUACGUACAA